AUGGUGUAUAAAUUAGUUUUCCGCCGCCGUCUUGUAGAGUUGAGCAAGUGCAUAUGUGAAAGAUAUCCCACCCAAACCGCCGGCAAUCGCCACUUGGCACUUGUCGAACGCCUAAAAGCAUUAAACAUCCCGUUGAACGGCUCACUAUCCUUCUUCAAUGAUGGAUGGAACUAUCUCACCGACAACCCAGACCGAGACUUUGAGCAACUCACUUCCACCGGUCCGUAUGCAGGGACAUUGGGAUCUUUUACGACUGGCGUACGCUUCCGCACGCGUGAUUCGAAGCGUGUUGUUGAUACGGCUAGGUACUUUGCGGCUGGGCUUUUUGGGAUUAGUAGCGACUGGAAUGAGAAUGAUAUUGCCGAGGUGGAUGUUAUCCCUGAAUCGGUGGAUCGUGGUAGCGACACGCUGACACCGGGAGAUACAUGUUUGCGCUACAUUGAGGAUACGGAAUUUGGUCACGACUAUGGCAGGAAUAUGCUUACGCGGUUUCAGAAUGUGUAUAUCCCGCCUAUUGCGCGUCGCCUAGUGGACGAAGAAGGGGAUCAAGCAGUUGGGGGAUUCACCGAUCUUGAAGUCUAUAGCAUGCAGGAAAUGUCGACUAUUUUUUUUUUCCAUUUAUCCGAAAUGACUACCCUUUUUGCGAUGACCGACGAGGAGUAUGCCGAACUCCUAGAAUACGAGGUAGUCACCGGGGAGGCCCCCCAGUACUAUAUCGAUCCUCGGCGCCUCGGUGACUACCUCGACCUCACGAAUAUCGAUCUCAACAAAAUCGCCGAGUCAGAAUACCCAGUGGAGCAGGAUGAUAGCCACGAGUCAGUCCGGGCAGGCUCAGUCCGCAUCAAAUCCGAGCCCCUUAGUGAAGAGGGAAUCACGGCCGCCCGGACUGACUCAGUGGAAGUCAAGGAGGAGGAGUUGAGUGAGGAUGGAGUGGGAGAAGUGGAAUGGGUGGAUGUACUGCCCCCGAUGGCAAAGAGUUCAGAAAUAAAGCAAGAGAUUCAGAGAGACAGGGAGAGCGAGUACAUUCCGACACCGCCGAGAGCGACAACACCACCAGCAACAACGCCCUGGACGAUUGCAGAAGGGAGCUUCGCCUACUACCCCCCGAGCCCGCCCACCACGGAGCCAAUGGAUGAGGAUGAAGACGAGUACGAAGAGGAGACCGUGUUCAGCAACGCGGCCAGAGACCUCCAAUGCCGAAUCCUCCACAUCGACAAGGAUCAUCGUGCAGAAAUAGAUGACAUAGAGAUGCCGGAUGCGGAGGAGGAGACUGAGGAGGUCGACACCGACACGGAGAUGGAUGGAUUGGAGGAGACUGCCGAAGAAAAGACACCAAUGGAUUGCACGCCUGACCGCAUGUCCCUGGAAAGGGCUUUACUGCAUCCAGAUACCACAUCCAAGCUCAAGACAGCACGGUGUCGGCGGUCUCCCGUGUACCGACGCAAUCCAUCGAAUGGCAGCUUGUCGUCCAUCGGAUCCUCUUCCAGUCGUUGCUCUCCUAGGUGUACCCAGAGCCAGAAGAAAGACGAGUUUCGGGAAACAUUGCAUAAAAUCCGCGAGUUCAGCGUCGAUAGGGUUGCGGUGCAGGCUAGCCCAUUCGGCCGCCGCACCCGUUCCCCCAGCGAUUUUGUUGAUCGGAACUAUCCAUACAAGUCUUCUCCCACACCUGUCAAAACACACCAAGCUGUCAAACGCCGCCACAAAGUCGGCAAAACCCGUUGGUUUCAGCGCAUCGACACUCUUGUGAAUGCAGCAGCGUGCAUUUCUGCCCUUGAUCCCGUCUAUUUUCCUGUUGUUCGAUUUGAGGCCUCUGCUGUGGUGGAGCUAGCUUCCUGA